AUGUCAGGGUCCAAUCAAGAUCUAUUGCAACCACAGAAGCUGCUGUUACCCCAAGCAUAUUUGACAAAUUUCCAUAAUAGAAUUAGAAAUGAAGACGUUCCUAUGCUGAUUACCGCCCAACCUGUAAGGGGUCAUAAGAGAGCCAAAGUCGUUAAUUAUGCUGAGUUUGAUAACGAUAUUUUAAAUGAAUUUACCACCAAUCCAAAUUCAAAUAACUCAAAUUCUAAUAUCAAUAGUAAUUUAAUGAAUAAUAAUGGUAAUAGUGAUCUCAAUAAUAUUAAUAGUAAUGCUAAUAAUAUGAAUAAUGAUAUUAAUAUGAAUAGCUUAAAUGGCUUUAAUAAUAAUUUAAUUGGUAAUAUCAAUUUAAUGAAUAGUCUUAAUCUUAAUAUUAAUAAUAUGAAUAUGAAUAAUAAUUUAUCAACUUCAAAUUCACUAUUGAAUAUCGAUAAUCAUGAUUUUUUACUAGAUCCAUCUAGAAAUAUCUCCAAUCUAAAUUUGAAUAUUGGAGAUCUUGAAGGAACUGGGUUCUUUAAAGAUUUAAACAAUAAUAACAACACAGAUGAUGCAAAUGACCAAAUAACUCAAAGCAAUACCAACCAAUUACUGAUGGAAGAUGAGCUUUUAAAAAAAUCUUUACCUGAUAUAAAGGAUCAAGAUGAAUUAAUAAAUAUUCUAAGAUAUCCAAAGAUAAGAGCCACUUUCUCUCAAAGUAAAAUUGCUACACCAUAUAGAUUGGAUAUAUCUCCAGAAUUAUCGAUGAAUCAACAGGAACAAAUUAUAAUACCAAUCAAUUUAAAUAUUGAACAUGGUGAUCAUACAAUAAUAGACUCUUUCACAUGGAAUGUUAAUGAUCAUUCGUUAACACCAGAGGAAUUUGCUACUAUUUAUAUUAGAGACUUAGAUUUUAGUAAUUCCUCUUCAUUACACUCUCAAAUUGUAUCUUCAAUUAAUGAACAAAUUCAAGAAUAUGAAACAGUUGCCUCAGUAAUGGUGCCAGACUUACAUGUAAUAAUAAAUUUAACUUGUAGUUUAGAAAAUAAAAUGUACGAAGAUAAUUUUCAAUGGAAUUUAACUGAUAAAUCAUUAUCACCAGAAAUUUUUGCAGAAAUUGUUGUACAAGAUUUAGGGUUAACUAGAGAAUUUAUGCCAUUAAUAUCUAAUGCAUUACACGAAUACAUCUUAAAAGUGAAAAAAGAAUGGCUAGAAGGUCAAUUAAAUCAAGAUCAUGUACCCAAUGGUGCUGCAUUUGGUUACCUGUCAGGGUUGAGACUAGAUAUUGAUGAACUAGGUGCAAAUUGGUGUCCAAGAGUGGAAGAAUUAACUCAAGAGGAAAUACAGAAACGUGAAAUUGAAAAAGAAAGAAAUCUAAGAAGAUUGAAAAGAGAUGCUGAUAGAAUGGGUAGAAGAGGUAGGCGUAGAUUAGAUAAUUUGGAGACAUCUUUAAGAUUGUAG